AUGACAUCUGAAAAAGGUCGCUUCCAUAUAAAUAUAUUUAGUUUUGAAGCUGGACAAAAAUUAGAUGAUGCAAUUUUCGAAGCUCUGUGGAAUGCAAUCAAACAUCAAGCUGGUAGUAAGAAAACUGAUAGCAAAGAAGAUAAAAGAAUUGAAGAAUUGAAACUAGCAAUGACAUGGAAAAAAUUUGAUCAUAUUAAAAAAAUGCUUAAUGAAAACCGAAUAGGGGUUUGUCGAUGA